AUGACCACGACGGAAGAGUACAACGCGACGCAAAUACUGCGCAUGCGUUCGCCGAGUAGUUCGAACACCAACUCGGCGAGUAAAGAGCCGACGGAGCGCGUGCAUGGCUUUAACGUGAACAACAGCAGCGGGACGACGAGGAACGAAGUGGAAGCGUUGAGAGCGUUGAGGAUCAGCAGCGCGAGGACGAAUGCCUCGUCAUCGACGAUUACGAACGAGGGCACGACGAACGAAAAAGAAGAGGAUGACGAAAAACAAGAAGAAGAAGAGUUUGAUGUGAUGGCGCUACCGAUGACACCGAAGAAAGGUGGUUCAGAUGUGGAUAAGAAGGAUACGGAGGAGUUGAUGACGCCUCGGUCGCUUUCGAAACGCAUCGGGAAACCGGAUAUUAAAGUCAUGUUGGCGACCGGGAACAACGAACCGAUCGACGUGAUGCGGGGACGAGGGAUCGUGACGAGCAUGACGUUGAGAGCGAAAGCUGAAGGGAUUAAGAGAGUGCCAGAGAAGAUGUUCACUACCACAGGAGGCAAGUCCAGGUUUAGUAGUAAUAGUAAUAGUAAUGGACGAAACAAUGAAGACGAAGACGACGAGGACGACGGCAACAAAGUGAACUUGGUGUUGCCUGCGGAGGUGCUGCGCAACGCCGCGCAGAAAGAAAAACAAAGCAACGAAAACGAUACGGAAGAAGAAGAAAACAAUACGUUCGACGACCCGAAAGAAUACAGGAAACUGAUGGUGAAGCUCUCGGAUUUAUCGUACAUCCACAUUAAAGCCGCAGUUGGGGUGGAUAACGCGACUGGAAACGUCAUCGAGAGAGAUUUCUGGUUGCCUUUGGACGAAACGAAAACCAUCGGGGAUUUGAAAAGGUACGUCGAAGAAGCGAACACGUUAGAAACGAUGAAAAUGAUGCGAAAUCGAAACAAAAUGAUUACAAAUGGGAGCAAGAACUCGACUUCUCCACCGAAAACGACUGCGAUGAAUAACAGUAAGUUAGCGCCCGUGAACGAAGACGAAGAGUUGGAGUCGGUGGUUCUUUUGAAAGGAAGAGAGUUGGCGGAUUCGAGACGAUUGAUGGACGAAAACGUCACACACAACACGACGUUGCAUUUUUACGUGAAGAAAGACGCGCAAAAUGUCACGGUAAAGAUGCACGGAUCGCGUGACGUCGAGUUGAAUCUGAAAGCGGACGAAACCGCGGAGAGUUUGAGAGGGAAGAUUUCCGCGCUUAGUUCCUCUUUAGGCGCGCGAUCUGGAGAUAACGGAGGACAAAAUCAGUUGGAUUUGUUUUACGGGGCGAAAGCGUUGAAAGACGGGCCCUUAUCCAACUACGGUGUUCGCGCGGGUGCGACUUUGGAACUCAGACCACACGUUCCCGUUCGCCAAAGCGUCGACGGCGCAAUGAAUAUUCCUCGGGGCGUGCGCAACAACAACAAGAACAACAACGGCGAGUCGCGUUCAUAUGGAUCUGGAUACGAUUCCAUCUCAAAAUCAAUCAAUAUUAGUAACAACAGUCACAACAGUGAUGGCGGUAGCAGCCGAAACGGCAGCCACCAAAAAUCGCCUAGAUUGUCUUGGGGAUCUUACAACGGAAACAACCACCAGUUUGGUUCCUCGGUCGAUCGCUUUCACCAAACGCACCAACAAAGUGGAUCGUACAUGCGUUCACACAGUUUACGCUCAUCAGACUCGACCAUCGACUCGGUUUCUCCUCCGGAACAACCAAUCACACCGAUUGGGAGUUUUGACAUGGCCAGAGAAGGAUUACUGGCGGGCGUCCACCCGAUGUUAUCCUCGGGAGGUACGGGCGGCGCGUACUUUUUAAAGUCCGCCGUCGGCGAAACUGUGGCGGUAUUUAAACCAGCAGACGAAGAACCACUCGCAAAGAACAACCCAAGAGGAAAUUCUUGGAUGAACAACUUCAACAACAUAAACAAUACGGAAACCGCUAUUCAAAGCUCCCCGGGUGAAGGCAUGCGAAAAGGUACGCGUGUGGGCGAAGGCGCGGCGCGAGAAGUCGCCGCGUAUUUACUCGAUCACGACGGCUUUUCUGGCGUUCCAGUUACCUCCUUGGCAAAUUUGAGCGAACAGAACGUCUUUUUCAGCGGCGACGACGACGAUAUUAUUCAGCGAGAAAACGAAAACAGCGGAAAGCUGGGUUCGAUUCAAGAGUUUAUCAAAGCGGACGCCGAGGCGGAGGAGUUUGGACCAAGUUUGUUCCCUUUGGAAGAAGUGCACAAAAUUGCAGUCCUGGACAUUCGCCUGGCGAACACCGAUCGCAACGCUGGAAAUAUCCUCGUGAAAAAAGACGAAACUACGGGCCAAAUCGUAUCCUUGAUCCCGAUCGAUCACGGCUACGCGCUCCCGCACACCCUGGAGGACGUUUGCUUCGAGUGGGAGUUUUGGCCGCAAACGAAACAACCCUUCUCGGAAUCCACUAAAGAGUACAUCGAGACCCUCGACGCGGAGGAGGACAUCGAAUACCUCCGCGACAACGACAUCGAACUCCACUCCAGUUCCGAGAGAGUGUUGAAAAUCAGCACGAUGCUCCUAAAAAAAGCAUCUAAACUGGAUAUUCCGCCGGCGGACAUCGCCUCCAUCAUGUCGCGCUCCAUACCCACGCGCAUGUCCGAUGCGGAGAAACUCGUGGCCAAAGCAGCAUCCACUGCAAUUUGCGCCUGUCGCUCCGAGCGAGGUGAGUUAGUGCACAAGUCUCCAAACAACGGCAGUUUUUGGAACGACUUGGACGAGGAAGGCGAAAACGCAGAGUCGAUUUUCAUGCGGGAGUUUGAACGCGCGUUGGACGCUUACCUCACAGAAAGACAAAGAUAA